CCCAAUAUAUAUAAUUUUUCACUUCUGCUCAUUAAUUACAAAAAGAAAAAGGCAAAGGUAUUCAAGUUCGGAAGGCGAUCGAUUUCAGGAAGGAGAUCGAAAGCAAUGGCGGAGGCUCUCAGGGCUCUAUGAUCUUUCCUUCCUGGAUUCGAUGUUUCUCGCGAGAGCACUGUUAGAUAUCAGAUCUAUUACAGCUUGGUUCGUUCACAUAGCCGCAUCGAUGGGUGGUUGCCAUACCAAGCCCAAAUUGAUUACCUCAAUUGAUGAGCCAUUGAAAGGACAAAAGUUUCAAAAAAAAGGACUUAAGCUUCAAGGCCGGACAGUGUCAAAACCUGGCACAUCAGACGACUUUUGGACGACCAGCACAUGUGAAAUGGACAACAGUGCAGUUCAGUCACGGGGAAGCAUUUCGUCAAUCAGCACUUCAAACCAGAACCAGACUAUUGAUCUGCAUGGUGCUAACAGUGUGAAGAUGCCUUCUGAAUUUGUAAAUAACGGUCUUCUUUUGUGGAACCAAACUAGGCAGCAGUGGGUAGGAAAUAAAAGGCCUGAGAAUCGGGCACAACAGCUUCGUGAACCUAAGAUAAGUUGGAAUGCAACCUAUGAGGGUUUGCUUGGGAGCAGCAAGCCAUUUUCCCAGCCUGUACCCCUUUGUGAAAUGGUGGAUUUUCUGGUCGACGUCUGGGAGCAGGAAGGGAUGUACGAUUGAGAAAACAGAAGCAGGAGGUUUUGAUGGUUGGUUAGAUAUUAGAAUCCGCCAACACUGUUGUAGAAUCAACUUGCUUCAAUAGCAGAAACUCAAUUGAAAAGAGGACAUUUUGUAUAUUAAUUGUAACAUUAAUAUCGCCUGCCUAUGCUGAUCUUUUUCACUCUACAA